UGUUAUGAUAGCCUUUGUGGAUUGUACGGUGAUGCGAAGACUUAUAUUUUAUUAAAAUAACAUUUUCGCUAUGAUUUUGUUAUAAAUUUAGUCCUUUUUAACGAAGGUUCUUGUAAAAAUUGCAUACGACAGCUUAAAAAUACGAUUUGCAGGGUACAAUAUCAGCUCCAAACUUGAUACCAACAACAGCGCCUACUUUCCUAAUUAUUACUAGAACACUGUCUUACAUUUAGCAUUUAAUCAUGUCAGAUGACGAGGUGAUACGUUUCGAAAUCACUGAUUAUGAUUUAGACAACGAAUUUAACCCAAACAGGAGGGGAAGGGCCAAGAAGGAACAGCAAAUUUACGGUGUAUGGGCUAAAGACAGUGAUGAGGAUGACAAUGAGGACAAUGUGCGGCAGAGAACCCGCAAGCAGAAAGACUAUGCUGCUCCCAUCGGGUUCGUGGCGGGGGGAGUGCAGCAGGCCGGGAAGAAGAAGGAGGCUAAACAAGAGAUAGAACCAACAGAAAAGUCAUCCAGGGCAACCAUAGUUGACAGCUCCGAUGAGGAGUCCACAGUGGCCCAACCAGAUGAGUCGGAGACAGCAGGCAUACGGAGACAGGGUCAGGGUAUGCGCAGUGCUAAUCUCGGUGGAAGUAUGGGUACUUGGGAGAAACACACUAAGGGUAUUGGAGCUAAGCUGCUCUUACAGAUGGGUUACCAACCCGGGCGCGGUCUGGGCAAAGACCUGCAGGGCAUAUCGGCGCCCGUCGAAGCCACAGUGAGGAAAGGGCGAGGUGCUAUAGGCGCCUAUGGUCCCGAGAAAGCAGCUCAAAAAGCGAAGAGAGAGGAAGAACGCCGUCUGAAAGAGAAGGAAGAUGAGAAGGCUCCAGAGAAAUCAUACCACUGGAAGAAAUCCCACAAGGGCCGGUACUUCUACAGAGACUCCAAUGACGUCAUUCAGGAGGGGAAACCUACCGUACAUACUAUUAGCAGUAGCGAGCUGUCUCGAGUACCAGUAAUUGACAUGACGGGUAAAGAGAAGCGAGUGCUAAGCGGCUACCACGCGCUGCGAGCGGUGGCGCCGCGCUUCGAGCACGAGCCGCGGCGGAAGUGCACGAACUUCUCCGCCCCACAGCUGGUGCAUAACCUGGAGGUGAUGGUGGAGUGCUGCGAGCAGGAUAUAAUUCAAAACGCCCGCGAGCUCCAACAGGCGGAGGACGAGAUCGUGGUUCUCGAGCGAGAUCUUAAAGAGUGCGACGAGAAAUUGAGAGAGCAGGAUGAAAUCAUAGAUAAAGUGCGCGACAUCCGGGGGCGAGUGGCCAAGCUGAGCGCGCCCGACCUCUCGCUCGAGAGGGCGUAUGAGGUCGUCUCGGAUCUGAAGGAAUCACAUCCGCUCGAAUAUGAUAUGUUCGGCAUCGGGGCCAUCGCCGGCAACAUCGUCAGUCCCUUAUUCAGUGCCCUAAUGGCACAGUGGGACCCUCUCAAGGCGCCUUCGGAACCUGUCCCAGUGUUCCUCAAAUGGCGUCAGUUACUAAGCGAAGAGGCUUAUAACAGUCUGCUCUGGCAACAUUACGCGCCUGCGCUUAAGACAGCUGCCGCAGUAUGGAACCCCCGCAUCCCUGAGGCCAUGCUGGCUUCCCUAACGGAGUGGUCCCAAGCCUGUCCGCCCUGGCUGUCAGCGUCUGUAGCCGCGAACGUUGUGGCCCCGCGGCUACUGGAAGCUGUGCGAGGCUGGGACCCCACGCACGACACACAGCCGCUGCAUCAUUGGGUGCUGCCGUGGCAUCCUCUAGCUGGCUCCGCGUUAGCAACAGCAGUGUACCCGCUGAUCCGCUCUCGCCUGGCGGCGGCCCUGGCGGCGUGGCACCCCGCGGACGGCUCGGCGCGGCCGCUGCUGGCGGCGUGGCGCGGCGCGUGGGGCGCGGCGCUCACCGCCAUGCUGCACCAGCACAUCGUGCCCAAGCUGGAGCACUGUCUGCAGCACGCGCCCGUGCAUCUCGUCGGGCAGGAGAACACGGCGUGGCUGUGGUGCGUGGACUGGCUGGAGCUGCUGGGCGCGGGCGCGCUGGGCGCGGUGGCGGCGCGCGCGCUGCUGCCGCGCUGGCUGGGCGCGCUGGCCGCCUGGCUCAACACCGGCCCCAAGCACGCGCAGGUGCUGCACAGCUAUACGCAGUUCAAGAAAAUCUUCCCCGAAGAAGUCCUGAAAGAGCCAGGCGUCCGCGACGCGUUCCGCAAGGCCCUCGACAUGAUGAACCGCAGCGCGGACAUCGACUCCGUGGAGCCUCCCCCUCCCCCUCGCUUCACGUUCACGGCGGAGAAGGAAACCAGCAAAAUCGCAGACGUUUUAGCAUCCACUACGCAGCAGAAGAGCUUCUCGGAGUUAUUAGAGUCGAGAUGUAUAGAGAGAGGCAUCACGUUCGUGCCGCUAGCGGGGAAGACGCGGGAAGGCCGUCCGCUGUACAAGAUCGGCAACGACAACAUGCAGUGUUACGUCAUCAGGAACGUCAUCAUGUACUCUAAGGACAGCGGCCGCACCUUCGAGCCCGUCGGCUUGGACAGGUUGCUGGGUAUGGCUGAGGAGUAGUGUACUCGUACCAUCGUCCACCCUAACUGUUCACUACAAGUACUAGGCAUCACGAUCGUGCCGCUAGCGGGUGAGAUGCGGGGAGGACGUCCAUUACAAGAUCGGCUAUGACAACCUGCAGUGCUACGUCAUCAGGAACGUCAUCAUGUACUCCAAGGACAGCGGCGCACCUUCGAACCCGAUGGCUUGGACUGGCUGACUUGGCUGAGGAAGAGUGGGUCUAAUCACAACUCUACACUUCACUGACAAAUAGGUUCGAAACUCGAGUCUUUUGCGUCUUUAUUUGAAGAAUUCGACUAGUUUUGAUUCUUCCUCGAGAUUCGCUAUUUGACUAUUAAAGUGACUGUGGAUUUGCAGGGGUAUUCAAGUCAAGACCCUACAGAUAGCUCCAAAUAAAACUUGGAUAAACAUGGCCAGUAUUGUUACAUUGACAAUAAAAAUCAACACACAAAUAAUAAACCUUUUUGAUGCCAAUCACUGAUAUAUCCGCACCGUAGAUCCAACGCCGAAGACGGUUUAAUCCGUCACAGACCACAGAGCAACAUAGACCUACGUACAUCUGCAUAAAGUUCAGUUUCAGUUUUGACACUUCGCUUCGGUGACGUGACGUCCGAGUGACAGCUGUUGUGUUUGAUACGUCGAAAAGGUUAAAGGACUGUGAUAAUCCAUAGUGGAUAUGAUGUACAGUACAGUCAGUACUAAGGCUAUUUUGAUAAAUGGAGUAACUUAUUUAGAAUUGCAUAGUUUAAGUGAUUAAUAAAAAAAUGGUAAUUUUA